AAUGAGUAUUUCAUUCUAUUUAUGUCAAAUGGUAAAAAAAAUGUAAUAAAUAGAAUUAAUCAUUCCACAUCAUUAUAUUUUAAAAAAUAAAUAAUUCAGUUGUAGCUUUAAAAAAAUAAAAGAUAUAUAAUAGAAAUUUUAAUGUUGUCUGAAGUAUACUUGUUGAAAAAUACAAAAUUGAAACAGGAAAAUUAUUUGACAAGCGUAGUCGAAACUUUUGAAAUAAUGAUAAACCUAAAAUUAAGAGAAUAAAAAUAAAAAUAUAAGAGUUAAAUCCAAAAAAAAAUGAACAAGCAAGAUAAAAGGUUUUUUUUUUAAAUAGCAUACCAAAAUAUAUCUGCUUAGAUACUUGUGGGCCCAACGCAGGGCGGCAGGGGAGUGAGAUAGACUCGGACACUAUAAAACUCAUGAACAAAGUAACUUGGUCCCUAAGACUCCACCAUAAUUGUUGCCUCUCAGUGUCUUUAGGGUUUUGUAACAAAACGAUCAUUCUUCUCAUUAUCUCCAUCUAUUCCAAUCCGAUCACUCUUCUUGAAGAUUAACGAGCGAUGGAGAUUGCUUCGAGCAAUUUGAGAUACGAAACUAAAGAUGUUGGGUGCAAAUCAACCAGUUCCUCCUUCUUACACAUAAACCCUAAGUUGAGACGAGAUGGCAAGGAAAGGCGCGACGUUGUUAUGGAGACUCCAAAGAAACGCAAACAUUCUGAUGAAGAAAAACCACCUGAGAAGAGACAAAAGAAGACCUUCGAAGCUUUGAAGUCUAAGUUUACAGAACCGGUGGAUGCAAAAGCAAUUACGGCCAAGUUUAAAGAACCGGUGCAAUAUUUUACGACCCUUCAUGAUACAAAGAGGAAGUCCAAGGUUAUUACAGAAAAACCAGGUGAUAAGACUGAGACUCAAGACCACAGUUUGAAAGACUUGAUAGUAAAGGCGCGAGAGAAAGUGCAAGAAAAGAGACAGAUCGAUCAUAGGAACAAUGACAUCGCAAGCCAGAGGAUAACUGCUCGGUUAGCCUUAACUCAGAUGGUAAAAACCGUUGAUUUCGAUGAUCAUCUUAAAUAUCACAUGGAAUUAGAAAAGCUUGGAUGUGAUUUCAUCAGUGAUCAAGUCAGUUGCUUGUACAAGUUCAGUCUCUUGUCAAGAAGCGACUACUACAUUGAUGAAUCUAACUAAAAUCUGAGAAAAGUGUAGUUGUGAUCUGUCUUUUUGUUUUUAUUUGUUGUAUAAUAUGUAGAACAUGUCUGAAGUUUCUCUUUUCAGAUUAUAUAUGACAAAGUUUCAGAGUAAUUAUGUUUAUAAUAUUUGCAAAAGUGAUCAAGCUACUGUUAUUGCUACAAAUAGUAGCAACUCCAUAUACUUAAUUAAUACAAGUAUAGUAGCUACUCCAAAUACUUUGUAUAAAGAUGGAAUAGUGCAUGUCUAAGAGUUUCAAAUUUGCAUCAACAUUAAACAAAAUUCACAUCAAACCAAACCAAAAUUAUUUGGUCAUGAAUUUGUGAAACCAAACUAUAUAUGCAGAUGCAAAAGGACUGCUCAGAUCUAGAUCCAAGUGUUACAACUGACUAUUAAAACUUUGAAUAAGAUUCAAGAUUUCAGUCAAAAUAUUCCACAUUUCACUUGAUGACCUAUGAAAAGUUUGGAUAGUCUUUGUGGUAGUUUACUAUUUUGGGGAGAGGAUUGCAGAUGCAGCAGUGACAUCUGCUAUCAGAGCAACUAGUUGACGAGCCUGAAGGCAAGCACCAAUGUCAAAAGGAUGCAACUCUGAACCAUCAUAGAGAAGAUUCAGGCCCGCAUGAAGACAAAGGAUCUGCGAAGGUCCACGGCCCGAGCUCGAUAAAAAUGACCCAUACUUAUAGCUUUGGACCCUUGUGUGUUAUAUUCGUGAUAAAAAAAUUUGUAGGCUUAUCCUAAAGUAUUUCUCUAUGAAUAUCUUUGAAUGGGUAAGAACUAAUAGAGACACUUCAUAAGGAUCUUCGUCUUUGAUUCAACAACACAUGUAUUUCUUUGCGUCUAUCUAUUUCUCUGAUCAUUAAUUGAAACCACAACUUUGUCCCUGAUUUCACCAAAGAUUUGUUGUCCCCUAAUAAUUACUUGACCUAAUAUUUUUGUGAUCACAUUCUAAUAGAUCUACUAACCAACAUGGGACCCUUAUGCUAAUAAAAAACGGUGUAAAGAAGCAUGAGUCUGGUAGUUUUUGGCUUCUCUUGUAUAUAUACAAGUUCUCAACUUCUGUUGUAAGUAUAUAUAUAUAUAUAUAUAUAUAUAUCUUGUUAUAUAAAUAUAUAACUUUCAUUCCCACAUGAUCAUGUCUUCUCACCAUAAGCUUAUAGUCCACAAUUUGUUUUGCACAUACAAUUGAUUAUGCCAACUUGGGACCAUCAUUGAUCAGAUAGAGUAGAAACAUAGGCAUGUGUUGUGUCUUGUUAGGUUUCUCAGGAGCUUGUCAUAAAGCCUGUCAAAGCUAAUAGUUUCUCCUUCUAUAAAAUGAAACAAGGCAAUGGUAUUUUCCAUCAUUUAUUUCUGUCACAGAAUCACAGAGAGCUCUACAUCAGAACUUACAAAUCUGUUCUCUUUCUUUCUCCUUCUUACUUUUUGGAUUAAAUAUAUUUUAGAAAAUGAUAAUGAACACAAAGAAGCUAAUGAAGAUGGUCAAGAAAUGGCAACAAAGAGCAGCCCUCCAUAGGAAAAGGAUCUCAUUUCAGAGGUCGAGUUCUAGUGGUAGCAGCUCAACGUCAGUAGAUAAGGGUUGCUUUGUGGUUUAUACGGCGGACAAAGCCCGCUUUACUUUUCCAAUAAGUUACCUGAGCAACUCUGUUUUCCAAGAACUCUUGAAAAUCUCUGAAGAAGAGUUCGGCCUCCCCACCGAAGGACAAAUUACAUUGCCAUUCGAUUCUGUUUUCUUGGAGUAUCUUAUCAAAUUGGUCCAGCGACGAAUGGAUGAAAAUACAGAAAAGGCUUUGUUAAUGUCAAUCUCUAGUGGUAGAUGUUCUUCGCAAUGCUCUUUGCAACUACAAGAUCAAAGUAGUUGUCAACAUUUGCUUGUAUUUUAGAGUGUAGCAGUUUCUGUAUUAGAUAGACACAGAAAUACAAAUUAUUAUCUUCA